AUGGCAGGCCACGCUGUCUUUGAUGAGGGCGACGAGUCGUUACUCGCCGUGCGAGCGAGAGAGUCGGACGAGGAGGGCGAUGAACUACGAGAUUCUGGUGCAACAACUUCCCAUGACCAAACAAACCAUCAAGCCGAGCCGCAGAACGAUAGCGACGAAGACGAUCUUGAAGAUGGGAUGCUGCCGCGGGACCUCCCUAGACGAACGACAUUCUACGACCCUGUUGCCGAGCGCCAGAUGAGCCAGACAGAUGCGAAAUUCUUCUAUCACCGGAGUAAAGUCGACCUACGAAAUGGAGCCCAUGCUGGAUCCCAAUCAACUCCUCAUGGUAGUCCAUUGGUCACUUCAGGCUCCCAUUCAGCGACCGAAUAUGGCGCUGAUUCUUUGAUACUCGAUCUGGAUACCCGCCGGUCAGAUGCGAAUGGGCCAGUACCAGAGACAUCAGGCUCGGGCUUUGACGCCGGCUCAAACUCUGAGUCAGCGGCAAAAAUGCAUGCUCAGAAUGCCUCCCACGCACAGAGCUACCCCUUCCAGCCUCCUGCCCGCGAUGGCCAAGUAUUCCAUGGCACCAAUGCUGACAUUCCCGAUAACGCCAACGCUGGAUUCUCAGGUGGUGGUCUUUUCGACACUGAGCCUCAUAUCACAACCGAACUCAGUGCUAUUUCUCAGGACAUCCAACGGAUUUUGGAUCUUAGACGAAAGUAUGUUGCUUUGUCACUGCAAGGCCCCGACGACAAUCCUAGGGAUGACUCAGGAUGGGAUGUUUAUCCUCCUCCACCUGAGCCGGCCUGGAGGCAGGCUUCCGACCGUCAAACUGGGGCCUCCGAUCAUGUUCCUGGCCGGGAUAACGCUCACUGGCAUGGCGCCAAAGACGAUAUAGGAUCAUCCCCAGCGCAACCACAGGCUGGCCCUCAAGAGGGGAAGAGACCGGUUAGGAGGCGGAAACCAGGUCAGGACAUUGGAGAGGACUUCGACAUGAGCGAUCUGCUUCCAUUGCCAAAACCUGACGGCAUGAGCUUCAAGCUUGAUGACAGUGGAGUGUACCAGGUUUUCGACGAUAACGAUUCUCAAACACCUGGUAUUCAAGUUCCUACUAUCAGAGAGUUUUACAUGGACUUGGACGACAUAUUGAAUGUUUCUUCAGAUGGGCCUACCAAGAGCUUUGCUUUUCGUCGACUUCAGUAUUUGGAGGGCAAGUUCAACCUCUACGUGCUACUAAAUGAAUACCAGGAGACAGCCGACAGCAAAAAAGUGCCCCAUCGAGACUUUUACAAUGUGCGUAAGGUGGAUACCCACGUCCAUCAUUCAGCAUGCAUGAACCAGAAACAUCUCCUGCGCUUCAUUAAAAGCAAGAUGAAGAAGUUUCCAAAUGAAGUGGUGCUCUACCGAGAUGGCAGGCAUCUGACUUUGGCCGAAGUGUUCGCUAGUAUCAACUUGACUGCAUAUGACCUUAGCAUCGAUACACUUGAUAUGCAUGCCCACACGGAUUCGUUCCAUCGAUUUGACAAGUUCAAUCUCAAGUACAACCCUGUUGGCGAGUCACGACUUCGAACCAUUUUCCUCAAAACCGACAACUUCAUACAUGGCCGAUACCUGGCCGAAAUUACUAAAGAAGUCAUUUCAGAUCUGGAGUCAAGCAAAUAUCAGAUGGUAGAAUGGCGCAUUUCCGUUUAUGGCAAGACCAUAGAUGAGUGGGACAAACUCGCCGCAUGGGUUGUGGAUAACAAAUUGUUCUCACACAACGUUCGCUGGCUCAUCCAGAUCCCAAGGUUGUAUGACGUGUACAAGGCUACUGGACUAAUGGAGACUUUCGAGCAGGUGGUAAGGAAUCUGUUCCAGCCCCUGUUUGAAGUAACCAAGGAUCCAUCAAGCCACCCGAAGCUGCACGUCUUCCUCCAGCGGGUGAUAGGAUUCGACAGCGUUGACGAUGAAAGCAAGAUCGAGCGUCGCCUGUUCAAGAAGUUUCCGGUUCCAAAAGCGUGGGAUACAAAACAGAACCCGCCGUACAGCUAUUGGAUCUACUACUUGUUCGCGAACAUGGUGUCGUUGAACUAUUGGCGCAGAAAGCGUGGGUUCAACACUUUUGUUCUACGACCGCACUGCGGAGAAGCUGGAGACAGCGAGCAUCUCGCAGUGGCAGCCCUGUGCUGUCACAGCAUCAGCCACGGGCUAUUGCUUCGCAAGGUACCGCUUCUCCAGUAUGUCUUCUACCUUGAUCAAAUCGGAAUUGCCAUGUCCCCCCUUAGCAACAAUGCCCUAUUCCUGACCUACGAGCGCAAUCCGUUUCACCAAUACUUCAGACGCGGCUUGAAUGUGUCAUUGUCGACGGAUGAUCCAUUGCAGUUUGCAUUUACGAAGGAGCCUCUCAUUGAGGAAUAUGCCGUGGCCGCGCAGAUCUACAAACUAAGCCCUGUUGACAUGUGUGAAUUGGCAAAGAACUCGGUCAAGCAGAGCGGGUAUGAGCUGUCUAUCAAGGAGCAGUGGCUCGGCCCUGGCUGUGACAAGCCCGGUAAAGAAGGGAAUACAAUGGUCAAGACCAACGUCCCGGAUCGAAGGGAGGAGUUCCGAUACUUGACGUUGUUGCAAGAGAGAGAGGUGCUUGGUCGGUACGUCAACUUUAAUGUGAACAAAGAGCUCUCGUCCAGCACGACUGGGGUGGGCACCAAGAUGGCAGAGUCGGCGACAUCCACAACCCAAGGCGCAACGUCUGGGGAUCCAGCCCCUCCAUUGGAGUCUCCAGUGCUUACGUCAAUGGGAUCACCCGCCGGUAUAGCAUCCCGAGAGCAGGUGUGGUCGAACGACGGCAUGGCAGAUCUCCACCUCUCAGGAAGCGAUCCUAGGAUGUUCCCUGGCGUCUUCACCCCGGGGCAGCGAACAGGGAGCUUCCGAAACUUGGGCCAAGCCACCGACGGAAAAGCUGCUUCUGACGACGUCUUGGGAUCGGAAGCGACAUAA